AUGAAGCAAGAGAUCAAUGGACUGCAGCGAGGGCUCCGUCAGCUUCAGCUAGAGAUUCAUAGAGAAGAAGAGGAGUUUAAGGUGAUUGUAAACGAGAUCAACACCACACGCGAAGGACCGCACCGCAAGUUGCUCAGAGAAAUGGGUGAUUCAGCCACCGUGGUUCUAAUGUCACUGCAUGAGACCUUAAUAACAUUGAUCCACGAAGCUAGAAUCGCUUUCGGCACCCUACUUAGGCUGCAUGUUGAUCAAUCCGCGAUCGAAGACCAGACCAUGUUCGAGCUCGAGACAAACCUUAGUCCCGAAGUCGGCAUAUCAUUGCCGAUGUACUACGCUUUCUACUAUCAGCCGUUAUUCCGACUUUUCGGUCCCCUAAAUUUGGAGCCGGAGGUCUAUUCUCGCACAAAGAUGAACGGAUGGAUUCAUGGAAUGCGUCCGACUCCUGAUGAUCCCCACAAAUUUUCGCCUGAGGCUCGUGCACUCAUUGAUUUGGUCAACAACGGGAACGAGCUUCUCUGGACCAUGAAUACUUUGGUAGCAGGCCUCAAUGCUUGUCUCACCCCAGAAAAUGCAGUACUGGUAUUGAGUACAGCUUUUAGCAUGCGUCAAUUCUUUGAGAAGGGCUCUCAACCAACGGAGCUUCAGAGGCCUCGGUAUGCGCUCGAUUGUACCAUAGGGAAGCGACUGGCAGAGGACUUCACUCUCAUAUCUCAUCUGGCAGAUAGAUGCGGUCUGCAAGAGGAGACGAGCAGGUCUUUUGCGUCCUCUUCAGUCACGCGAUCACACGUAACACAAGAAUUGGGGCUGUCGGCAAACAGAGACAGGGCCGACCCUCCUCUGGCCUUGGUCGCGUUGAUCUCACAGACCUUGCCUUGGACAGUCAAGCUAAUUUCUGGAGGCGAACCUCAUUCUAUGCAUCACGCACUCUUCGUCUACUGCCGCAGUCGCAGCGUUUUGCAAGUACAUUCAUCGGCAACAAUUGUAAAUCAAUUUGUGAACGCCAUCCAGUCGACUGGAAUUCCGAUUUCUGUGGAAGAGGGAGCUUUCCGGGAAUGGCAACGAUUCAGGGCACCUGGGCAGAAACAGCGAAGAACAGAUACUCUUGAGCAACCACAGGCUUCCACGGCCAUUUUAACCGAUCCGUAUGUGCGUCAGCUGAAACGUGAAUACAGUCCGUCAAUGACACCGUCUGCGGCGUUUGCAGACCCUUCCACUGAGCUCGACAUCGAUCUCCUUCACCACUACCAGAUUCUAAAUGCGUGCCAUGAGAACAUAUCCGAAAAACCUGGUAGUAAUCCAAUUGACGUGGCGAAGACCAGAGCCGACGCUGGACAACCGAGCCGCAUCGACGAGAAAGCCGUGGACCCCGAAGAUCGCUCCGACAGGGCCGGCGCGGCCUCUCCCGAUCCAGAGCCGCACCCAUCGCGGACGAUGACCGUGCGGCGGAUACUAGAGAUGUACGAUGGGCUCCGCACCCGGCCUCGAGAUGCCGACGGACGACGCGGGCGAUUCCGUAGGGUCGUCGUCGAGUCGACACGCGCUGUUGUAUGGUGCGUUACCUCUUCGAGUUGUAAUGCUCGCCCGUCCCGGAGGGAUGGCUCGACACCGCCGGCUCCUGCUCGAACAUUCGUUUUUUCGAGGAGCGAAGAAUGGGUUCGAGAGGCGUCUGUCCUCGCAUGGCGAUUUUCGAACUGA